CGUGGAAUCGUCGAAAGAUCUAUAUGGGCGCAUACAGCUAGAUGCACUAUUUGCUUUAAACGACCCUUCGUCAACCGCACCGGUGCAAACGCGAUGAGGGCCGGUGCGCGCCUGCAUAAUGGUUGAUGACCUACUUGUGUUAGGAGGUAAAGGUCCGGUCAACCUCGUGGUCAAGUUCAGAGAUGGAGCCUACAGCUGCUGCUGGACAGCUGGUUGUGGCAUCAGAUAUCAGGACUUCGUUGUUUAAAAGAGCGUUGACACUGUUAGAUGACGUCCAUGCUGGCCUUGAGGAAUUCAGCUUCGGGCCUCUGCAGCCGAACGAUGGCCCCGUUGACAUCCCAGAUGAGCCUAGGCACGAGCAACCGCAGCUGGCGCUCGUGCCGGCGCGGGCCACUCCCCAUGCGGAUCCGAGUCAUGCAGGGGCGCUUGCACCGCAGUCUGGGGAUGAUAUCCUGGGGCGCGUGCUUGCUUCGUUGGUGCAAGGCCGCACCAACACUGCUAAACGUGCAGUCGACGCCGUGGCACAGAUCCACAGCGAAAUUGACAGCCUUCUUACUGCAUUUGAGCGGGAUUACCCGCCUAUGCCUGCUGGCGCUAGUAGCAGGGUUUGGGACCUAGGCGCUAGCAUUGACGCAACGCUGUGUCAGCCGUCGGAGGAGGUGCUGCGCAUGGCGGCAGCUACGACCUCAGCAGCAGCCCGGUUUCGCCUCCGUGCUGCGGAGGCCGCGCAGCUGGCGCUGCAAACGUACGACAAUGCCGCAAAGCAGGCGGCCAUUGCUGCGCAAGCCACAACCCGUGCCUUGGAGAUGCAGCUUGUUGCUGAGCAGCAUUCAGCUUCAGGCAACUUGGCACAAGCCCUCGAUGCCAUACGACAAGCAAACAGGCUCCGUGAUGAGUCUGUUGAGGCUGCCCGGAACAGCCAGCAGCUGCAGCAGCAGUACCUUCGCCACCGCCGGGAAGCACAGGAGGCCCAUGCACAGGCAGACGCCGCCAUGCGCCAUGCGUACAGCCUUGAGCGGGAUGCCCUGCGGUCGUCUUCGGAGUCGGCAUCUCGCGCGCAUGCAAAGUGGAAGGAGCGGCAUGACCGGCUCUUCCGCCAAACUGAGGAGCUGCAGACGCAGGCGGUGUCAUGGGAGGGCCAGGCGGAGGCUGCAGCCGCCCGAGCGCAGCUUGCACAGCAGCAGGCGGACGCGCAGAUGGCGGCGGGCAACUACGAUCUCGGCAAUGCUCUGAUGGAGGAGGCCAUUAGGGCCCAGGAGCAGGUGGGUUAUGCCAGGGCGCAGGCAACGGCUGCCCGCGAGGCGUACCAGCGGCUCAUGCCGGACGUGCGGACGGCACGAGAGCGCAUGGAGGUCGCUGAGCGGCAGUUGCAGGAGCUCUCGCAGCGGCAGACGCUCCUCCAGGACGCAACCUCGAAGCAGCGCAAGGACAGGUUGCAAGAGGAGGCCGACGAGCUGGAGGCGUUAUGCAGCGCGGCUGAGAGCGCUGCCGCCCUGCAUGAGGAGCUGGUGCAGGUGUACGAGGAGCGGCUAGCACAGGACCAGGAGCAGUACAAUGCGCUGCUGGGCGACGGCAAAGCCGCUGAGGCGGACGCGCUAGCUGUGCAUAUCAACACCUGGCAGGAGCUGCUGGAAGUGGCGCGACAGAACCGCGAUGUCAGCCGCACCGAAGCAACCAACAUGAAGGCUCGGCUGCAGGAGCUAAGCAACCUAGCUGUCAGGGACGUGCCCGCUGCAGAUCUGGAGGAGAACCCUGCAGAGGAGUUCGUGCAGCUCAAGGUCGCCCAAGAUCGGGAAGCCAGGGCAACACAGGCGGCGGCGCUGCUGGCCCGGGAACUCGCGGCGAACCCAUUGCAUGAGCCCCCGGCCGACCCAGCGCAAUCUGUCGAAAGCACGGGCUCCAGCAGCGACGGCUUGCUCCUCCAAACCGAGCUGCACCAUCAGCGCUCUGCCAGGCUUGCCCAGCAGCUGCAUUCGGAGCGGCGGAGGCUUGCAGAAGCGGAGCUUUCAUCGCCUGGGGAGGACCGGCCGGCGGACGCGCAGGCGGAAGCCCUUCUGGACAGCAUGGCAGUAUCGCACUUGGUGGGGACACUGGAGACCACGCGCCUGCUGCAGCUCUGGAAGCAGCGCUCAGAUCAGGCGGCAUCCAGCGCUGAAGAGAUGCGCAAGACAUGGGCUGCACUGGAGCAGGAUGCCAGCACGAAGGCUGACGAGGCGGUGCGCCUGGAGGAGCAGGCCUUGGCGCUGGAACACGCUGGCAAUGCCGAGGAGGCGGCAAGUACUAUGGCACGCGCCGAUGCGCUGCACCGUAUGUCAGAACAGCUAAGGGUAGAAGCGGACAAGGCCAAAGCCGUGUUGCACGUCCGCGAAAAGGCAGCCAUGGAUGCCCAGACCCAAUCACGCUUUUUGGUGCAAGGCUUACACGAUGUGGAACACGCAGCCGAGCGGCUGCAAGAAGAGCUCCGCCAACGCGGUUACGACAUGGGGGCACAACAGGAACUGGGUAUGUCGGCGAGUCAGCCGUCGCUGACCGCGGUCCCAAGGCACUUGCAACAGAGCCAGGGUGGGAUGCGGACGCUUGCUGACGAGAUGUCAACGGUCAUGAUGGCAUCCCCGAGCAUGCUGUCGCGGGACACCAGCUCCGUUUCUCUUAAUGCCAGCUUUGGUCACAGCGUUGCUGGUACUGCCCGAGCGCGAGAUGCUACCUCCGCAGGCUGCGGUGGUCAGCUUUCCGAGGACAGCGCCCUUGGCACGGGCCGGGAGUCGGUGUUCUGGGAUCAGGCUACCAGCGGUCAGCAAAUGUCGGCCAGGGAACAAGGCGCAUCUAGUCCCGGGACGCAGGGUCUGGGGCCUAACUCGGGGGCGUCUGCGGCCGACAUGCUAAGCCAGGGUGAACGGUUAGCAAACCUCAUGCAGCAUCUGGAGUCGCGUGCACCUACAGUAGCUGCGUCCUCAACCAGUCCAGAGCGCGCCCCUGGAUCCGACCUUCUGGCUCCGGAUCGCAGCCGGGCAGCCGGCGGGGCUGCAGGACAGGACUCGCAGCUGGCAAGACUGCUCCAGCAGCUGCAGCUGCAGGCCUCAACAACGCAUGGCGUUGACCUGGUUGCUUCCGGGCUAACGGCGGAGAAUGCUGCGGCCUUGGCGCAAGCCGCCGGUAGCGGUGAUGGAAGCAGCUUGCCUGGACAGGCAGCGUCACUGGCAAGGCUUAUGCAGCAGCUAGAGUCACAUGCGCCCAUCGGGGAACCAAUUAGCUUUGAGGUGCCCCAGGAGUCGGGUGCAGCCCCGCCGCAGCCUGCUGGUAGGGCCACAGGCGGCAUCUCUGGGCAGGAUGCAAGGCUGUUGGAGCUGGCUGAGAAGCUUGCGUCGCAGGCCUCAGCAGUCCAGGCAUUGGAGCACGCCGGUUCAGGGGCCACCGUUGAAUUUGGGGCGCCCUUGCCGGACAUUCGCAGUGGAACCGCUGACAGCGUUGUGGCGCAUGACACAGGGCUGGCAAGGCUCAUGCAGCAGCUUGAGUCGCAGGGCCCCGCAGGAGCCCCAGCCAGCUUCCUACCCGGUGUGGAUUCAGGCGCAACUCUGCCUCAGCUAGGUAGCGCGGCGACGGUCGGCUUGUUUGAGCCCGAGCUGCAUUCGGCAAGGCUCAUCCGGCGAUCUGAGUCGCAGGCCGCGGCAGCGGACCUGGAGAACAGUGGGCAGAUCGGAUCUCGGCAAGUGUUGUCAGCACAGCGCGCCGGAGGGCUGGAAGGCGUCCUGGAGCAGGACACGAACGAGCAGCAGCCUGGGGAACAUGCGGCAGCAGCCCCUGCAUCUAGGGAGCCCGGUGUUGACGCAGGGUCUGAGCAAUACCUGCAGGACAACGACAGCGGACGCGGCAUAGGAGCCACGGGGCAGGAUCAGAGGUUGGCGGCGCUGCAGCAACUCCUUGAUUCCAACGCGACUGGUUCCGCUCCUGAAGGGUCAGGGCUGGCCAUGGGAGAUGGGCUGCAUGCGCCGCUGUUGAGCGGGGGUAUGGUAGGUCCUGUCGGGCCUGGUGCGUCACAGCCUCCCGGGCGUGAUGGCGCUACAGGGCAGGACGCGCGAUUCAUGGCACUCCAGCAGCUGCUUGGGUCGCAUGCAGCCGGCGAUCCAGCCUCUGAUGUGGGGCUCGAUGCGACCGUGCCAAACCAACAUACCGGGGGCCGUGGUGCCAUUCCAGGGCAGGUUAUGGGAGUAGCAGCCCUAAAGCAGCUCCUUGGUUCGCAGCCAGCCGCUAUCGCCUCAAGCGAUGCUGGUGCUGCCGCUGGGCCGUGGGCGUCUCUGCCUUCGCAACAAAGCGGAGGCAGUGGCCGUGACCCAGGGCAGGACGUGAGGAUGGCUAGGCUUCAGCAGCUGCUUGGGUCGUCAGCAGCAGCUGAUGCUGGCCUAGGUGACCAAGGCAGCCUUGGCGAUACCGAGCUGCGUUGGUUGCAGCAGCUGAGCGGGGGCGGUAGUGCGCCUUCUCCUGAACAGGAGGCGAGCCUGGCAGGGCUUCAGCAGCUGCUUGGGUUGAGUGGGGCCGAAGCGACUCUUGGUAGCGCACAGGCAGCCGUUGGGUCCGGCUCAUCCUCGCACCAACAACGCCAGCGCGAUGGCAGCGUCGCUGGGCAGGACCCUCGGCUGGUCAUGCUAAAGCAGUUGCUGGAGUCACAAGCAACGGCUGAUGCUUUAGUCGGUUCGGAGGUCACGGUUGGAUCCGGCGCGUCCCGGCCGUACCAGCAAAGCAGCGGCGGCAUAGACACAGACACGAGGCUGGCAGCACUGGCGCAACUGCUCCAGUCGCCUGCAGCGCAAGCUGCUGGUGGGGUCUCAGGACUUUCCGUGGGGCAGGGUCUGUCCACGUUGCAACGGCAUGACGGAGGUAUUAGCGGCGCGUCAUCACAGGGGGCGCAUGCAGCUUCCCUUGGACAACGGGUGGAGCCGCAUGCAGCUGCGGGGGGCUCCGUUGGCUCGGGGCUGGCCGCCAACCUUGAUACCUUCUUGCCGCAUCAUCAAAGCGAAGGCGCUGGUGGUGGUCAGGGCAACGAAAUGAGCGGUGCCGUACUUGCCACCAACCUUGUCACAUCCCUGCCGCCUAAGCAGAGCGGGGACGCCGACGGCAACCAUGAACAAGCCACAAGGCUGGCAGUCGUCGAGCGCCUUCUUGGGGCGCAUGCGACUGCCGCUUCGUCUGGUGACAUGGUCAUCAUGUCUGUGGGCUCUAACGCCUCCUCCGCUCUUCAACAGAGCGGAGGGGCUGACGUCGUUCCGGGACAGGACGCUAGACUGGCAGCGGCAAUGCAGCAGCAUGGGUCGCGUGAAGCCGCAGGCGUGUACGGCAACCCGGGGCUUACCGUCGAGCAGGCUUCGGCUGCUCCGUACCAGCAAAGCGGAGGCAGCGGCGGUGCUUCAGCGCAGGAUAUGCCGUUACUAGCACCCCAGCAGCUUCUUGGGCCGCAAGCAGCCGCAGCCGCGUCCGAUAUGCCAGCGGCUAGGCAUAUGGAGCAGUUUGGGCUGCGAGCUCCUAGCGAAGGGCUGCGGGCUACUGGGCCUGCCUCUGAUGGGCAAGGAACCGGAGCUGGCUCUCUUGCUCCCGGGCAGGCUUCACACAAAACAGGCAACGACACCAGCGUCGGUGUUGCGCAACAGGACGAGCGGCUUGCAAAGCUGCUUCAGGAGCUGGGCCCACAAGCUCCUGGGGUGCUCUCAGCUGACGCCGGCAUGGGGUCCGAUGGCGUGGCGAAGCUUGCUGAGUUGCUUCGAGCGCAGGCCUCCUCAGGGGAUAACGGCAGUGCUUCGGGGACCGUAGGGCCUGGCGCGUCACUGCUGCUUCAGCGCAGCGGAGCCUCUAACGUUAACCCAGGCCAGGACGCGAACCUUGCAAGGCUGGCGCAGCUGCUUGGCCCCAACCCAUCUUUGGGAGACCCGCUGGCUUCGGGACUUGGAGAGUCCCUGCUGCAGCAGUGGAGUGAGGCUGCUGGCUCUAAUCCAGAGCUUGCAAUGAUGACGCGGGCGCUGGAGCACCACGCUUCCGUUGGGGCCGCUCGCAGUGCUGCUGGGCUUUCCGCUGCUUCGGAGGCGUCGUCGUCCAUACCUCAACAGUCUAGUGCUGGACAUGACGAGGUAGGGCACGAUAGCCGCAUAGCGAGGCUUGCAGAGGUCCUCAAGUCGCAGCAAGCGUCCGAAGCCGGUCCAUCCAGAGCCGGAUCGCUCUUGCCUGGACAGCUGAGCGGCACGACCAGCAGUAGCCAUGGCCGGGACACGAGGCUGUUGCAGCUCGUGCAGGCGCUCGAGUCGCAAGACCCUGAAAGGGGCCGCGUGGGGUCGGGCUACGCAGUUGGGCCCCAUGCGGAGACGGCCUUCCUUGGCAGCGGAGGCUCUGGCGGCGGGGCGGGACAGGACUUGCGCUUAACGCACCUCAUGCAGCAGCUUGAGACGCAACAGGGCGCGGACGGACUGGAUGGUUCCGGGCGUGCGGCCGGAUCUCGGCCUGCUGGCAGCGCCGGGAGCAUUGGCGGCAGUGCGGUGCAGGAGGGCCGGCUGGGCUCCCUUGUGCGGGAACUGGAGUCCCAGGCAGGCAUGCCUAGACCAGAAGUCCCAUCCAACAGGUGGGAUGGCCAUGCGGCGUUGGCCUUCGCACUUCAAGCGUCGACCAUUGACGAUUCAGUCCUGGCGGCAGCUAGCAGCAGCCUGGCCGUGUCACAGGCUAAGACACGCGAGUGUCUUGGGCUUGUGCAGGCCCAAAGGCAGACCGACGAUGAGCGGCAAACACGACUGCAAGAACUCCUGGCGGCCUUGCCUCCCGACAAGGCCCCUACGGAAGUAGUUGAAAGGGCCGCCCAGCGCUGUGAGGCUGUUGCGGCAGCUUCUAAUCUGGCGGAGAGCGCGCUUACCAUCCAAGCAAACUCGCAUGACGCGCUCGUCCUGAGCCUCAGCGCCUACCGUCGGGCGCUGGCCGGGCAGAAAGCAGCCACGGAAGCUGCCCGCUCCGCAGGGGCGGAGGCGGCAGCCCUGGGGUCUCAAGCGGAGGAAGCGAGACAUCUAGAUGAUGAGCUGCUGCAGCAUGUACAGCGGCUUGAGGCGGAGCUAUCUGUGUUCGAGGCCCAAGGCAGCACCGCCCAGGCCCUCACCACGCAGUUUGAGCUGCAGCGCACAAGGAACAAGCACGCGGAGGUUGGUGCUCGGGCGAGCCAGCUAAGCGCUGCACACACGGCAGCACAGCAGCGCGCAGAGCAGGCGGAGCUGAAGGAGAUUGAGGCCACAGCAAAUGUGGAGACGCUGAACAAGAUGGUCGAGAUCCUUGCUGAAGCCGCAAACGAGGCGGACGCUGGCGUCCAACACGCGCUGGAAGGCUAUACCUUUGCGGUGUCAGCCCUGAACCUUGGGGCACAAACCGACCUUGCAAACCUCGAUCCAGGAGCAGCAGCUGCGGGCGCUGCGGUGAUUUCCGACGCGGACGUCCAACAGCACUUGGAGCGCCAUGCUGACAGCACUGCACGUGCGCAGCAGUGCGUUGCUGCCACAAGGCGGCUGCAGGAGGUUGCGGACGCGGAAUGUGUCGCCGGGAAGAACAGAGUCGUAGCGGCUGUGGAGCAGGCUGCGAGGUCCCGGGCGGCUACCCAGGGUGGACAGGGCGCGCAGCCUGUGCAGGGUGCAGCUCGGCAGGCGCCUGGUCACGGCAGCUCAGGAACUCAGCUGACAACCGCCGGCCAGGGCUCCAUGCGGUUGCCGGACAGCGUGUCGCAGGCGGGCUUUGGUAGCCAAGCAGGUCCCUUCCACGCGGCUCCGGCAGACUCCUCCCUGGUCACCACCACUGUAGCAACUGACGCACGUUCCCACGCUGCGAUGAGCGGCCAGCUGAGUGUUGGCAGCUCCUUCCUGACCUCCCAGCUGGCUUCUGGCCCCCUGCAGUCGAACGAGCUAGUUGCGGCCCUGCCGAGUGGUGGGCAGCUUAGACAUGGCUCCUCUUUGUCCAGCACGGCUUCUGUGGCGGCACAAGACCUUCAGGUGGCUGCGGGCGACAGCACCUCUGGCUACCUAGCUCGUGAGACCCCGGGUGUCCCCGGCUCGCUGGCUGCCGGCGGAUCAGCGGGCCUUCAGGAUAUGUCAGGCGGCCAGCAAGCUUCCACCGGCAGUGGGCCUGCAGCUGGCCGCCAAGUGACGACCUUAGCGCCAGGAGCGGCGUCGGGUCCUGCUUCCAACGCACAUGAGCCAAUCACUGGCAGGCCCACCCGAUCUGGGCCGCCUGGCCCUUCCGUCUGCAACUCUGCAGACUACCCAUCUCAUCCGGAUUCGCAGCUUUUCUCCCCUUCAGACGCCGAAGCAGCUUUACAAUUGUGGUUCAGCGACCCGGAGGACCAGCCGAGGCGUGCUAGAUCCGACGACCUGGCCAGGAGGAGUGCGCUGCUGGCAGCCGCCCUCGCCAAGCUGCCAGACGACACCAUCCAGGGAGUCCUCGCCGUGGAGGCCGAGAUGGCCAGUCUCAACGGAAUGCACGAGCAGCAGCUGCUAGGGCAGCUGGGACACUCCGCACGUGCAGCAGAGAAUGACAGGCCCCAAGCGGAUGACGCGGAGCGGCUUGCGAGGCAGCGGGAGCUAUUGGCCGCUCAGUUGCAGCAUGCCGAGGAGCAGCUGGAAGCCGUCCGGGUCCAGCAGAGCUCCCUGGACAACGCCUCGCCAGCCGAAGUGCAGGCGAGCCACGACCGGAUGCAGUACCACGAGCACCGGAUCGCCAUGCUGCAGCAGGCGCUCCAGGCCUGCGAGCAGCUGGACGCCUCGAAGUCAGCCCUGCAGCAGACACGCGCUGAAGUGGAGGCGGUGGAACUGGAGGCGCGGCGUUGCGAGAAGGAAGCAUCGGUACUCACCAAGGCUGCAGAGGCGUACGGAGCGGCGGCAAGCGAUCUGGAAAGGGCUUCGAAUGAGGCUCCAGGCCAGGCCGGCACAGGUGCUGCCCUGCAAGAGCGCCUUGACUUUGUGCGAGGCAUAUCUACGAGGAUUGCGCAGCGUCAACAACAGAUCAAGCAGCGAGCUGACGCUUCACAGCGGCGGCACCGACAGCUGGUUGAGAAGAUAGCGUCCGAGGAAUCUGCGGUGGAGCUGCGGGAGCAGUGGCUGGAGCAGGCGGAGAAGGCGGCGGACACAGCUGCGGCUGCCAUCGCAUGGGAAGACCGGCUUACCACGGCACGCCUGGAGCUCCAGGAACUAGAGGCGCCGAUUGCUGAGCAGCAGGACAAGGCGAAGGCGGCUGCUGGUCUUGCACACACCAUGGCUUCAGCCGCCGCACAGCAUCGCAAGCAAGCGGGGGACCUUGCGCGGCAGGCAGCGGAGCAGCGGGACAAGUCGCGGAGGAUGGCGGCCAGUGGUCGACGCCAGGAGGCAGAGGCCUGCAGCUCUAUAGCUGACAGUUUGCAGCAGCAAGCGGAUGGUUUGCUGGCGCAAGCGGUACAAAUGGAGGGCGAUGCGCAAAAGCUCCGAGCAGAGGCGCAGGAGCUAGGUCAGGCAGCUGAGCAGGGCAAGGCACGGGCUGCUGUGCAUGCAGACGUUCUCGAACAGGUUUCCGCUGCGCACAACCUGUCCGUGUCCAUGCUCCAGUGGCAGCGUACGGCGGCAAACAAGCUGCAGGAGGCGUCGCAAAAGCAGACAGCAACGGCGCAACAGCAGCAAGCCCUGGCUGAGGCGGAGAAGGAGCUGGCUGCGAUGGAAGCGCAGAAGGCUGGGUCGAAUGGCAGCAGCAAGUUGCGACCGGACGAGCUGGCCACGCACAUGAUCAACGUUGCUCGUGCCAAGCAGCAGGCGUCGCUGAUGCGGACGACCCUUCGAGCAGCGCAGCAGCAGUUGGAGCAAGACCGGGAUGCCGCUGUUGCGGCAGCGCGGCAAGCUGCAAAGGCUGAAGCGCAGCGAGCUCAGCUGGAGCCAAGAAUAGCAGAGCUAGAGCAGCAGGCGCACGAGGCAGAUGCUGAUGCAGCAGCCAGCUCGGCUCCAGAGGACGAGUCCGCUGGAGACACAGCAGCUCCAGAAGUUGGUGACGCGCAAGACGACGUCAUACGGGGGUCGCCACGGGAGACGCCAUUUGUCUCGCCUCAUGGAGAACUACCAGGCCGCAUUUCAGGCGGGCCGCUGCAGACAGGCUCCGCAGGAAGGGGCUCCCCCGUCCUGACCCACUCAGCUCCAGCUGGUCCCCUCUCAGCAGCUAACACCGGAGCACGGGACCUCAAGGCAAGCGCGCCACCACAGCUCACCUUGCCGCGCACCUCUGUUGAAUACUUGCAGCACUCGGAAAGCCCUGAUGGCUCCGACAAGGCUGAAGCAGAAGACAUGCCUGGAGUCCAGCUCCAACGCAACAGGGGUGUGCCCGCCGCGCGCUACGCCAGCAUCGACCUCAAGCCGCAGCGGAACCUCCCUGACGAUGCCGGUCUUGGCUCUCCCAUCGGCAGCAGUGGAGGCGGCAGCAGCAGUUUAGCCCCCGGCAGCGGCUCGCAUCGUGGGCCGCAUGGGGCCCUGGCUGCCCGUCAAGCGCCUCACGCGGGGCUAAGCUCUCGCAACCUCGCAAAGGCUGCAGUGGGAAGCUCGCCCCUGGCGCGUAUUCGACUCGGCGCUAAGGGGAAUUCUUCGCUCAUGCGCACGCCUCAGGUGGGCCACGGCACGGCAGGGGUUCCAGCCCUGGGCGGACCCAGCGCUGGCGCCUCGCCGCUAGCUAGCCCCACGCGACACACGUCACGUGCAGCGUCACGCAUGCUGGGUGCGCGUGACGGCGCUCAGCUGCCGGAGGAUGAGGAAGCAUGCAGCCCCAGCUCCCUUGCAGCGGGGCUGCCUCGGGCGUUGUUGCAGAUACCCUCCCUGUCGGGGCCGCACCAGGACUCGCCGCUCUCGCAGAGUUUGGUGAUACCCGGAAGUCCGGAUGGCAUCGGUGCCCAAGCCGUGGGCACUGCGGGCGCCCUUUUGGAAAAGGUGGCCGGUAAGAGCCUGCGGCCCUUGUCGCACAUCACCCAGUCCGUUGCUCUGCUAGCAUCCAAGCAAGGCCGGGACAGUGUGAGGACAACGGAAGACGGGCACCAGCGGGCUGCAACUACCACCGGAAGUGUGGCGAAUGACGACCCCGGCCAACGUGCCGGCACGUCAGCCAAGGAAGACCGGCGUGUCAGCAAGGCUGACGUUGGCGACGACAACAAGGACGAGGAAGAGCAGCAUGACCAGGACGCGGAGGCCGAACCGGAUACCAAGAUGUACCGGACGGUGAAGCAGCGGCUGGACGAACUAGGCGGGCGCGUUACGAGUCUUCGGCGCCAAAGCGACGCCGCGAACGCCGCUGCUGAGCUCAUGUGCCGGAAGCAGGACCAGCUCCGGAUGGACAGGUCGGCAACUCGCGACGCGGAUGAGGAGCAGAGGGCCGCCCUGCUGGAUCACGGUGAUGCCAUGAUACGCCUGAAGGAGGCCGAGGCAGCCUGGUGUCAAAAGCAGGCGGACCUGUUGGAGGAUGAGGCCACUGCGUGCCAGGACGCCGUGCAGUACGCAGUCGUGGACUGGCACCUGCGCCGGGAGGCACAGCGCCUCGAGGCUCGCUGCACCGUCCUUAGCGGCAAGGCGCAGGCCAAAGCCGUUGAUGCACAGGGCCACGAGACCGAUGCGGCUGAUGCCCUGGAAUGCAUUACGCUGGCGACUGCGAGAGGCGCCAGGCUGGGCAGGGCCUACGCUGCUAGCUUGGAACAGCAGAACCUGACCCAGUUCAUGGAGGAGCAGCGGGCGCGUGUGCAAGUAGCGCGGCGGCGUGCUGCUGAGAGCCGUGCGGAAGCAGCUCAGAUUGCUGCGAUGGCGAAGAAGACCGUAGCGGGACAGCUGCUGUGCGAGAAGAAGACACAGUGCAACAAGGCUUUGUACCAGUCCGCGGUGGAGCUGGCGGAAGCGUACGGCCAGUCAGCCAAGAUGGCGGCGCUGGUACAGCGCUACAGGCUGCUCUCCCUCAAGGCGGCAGCCGACGCAGCCGCUGACCGCGUCCAGCAGCUUGGAGGGGCGACGCCAGACAGCAUGCAGUCGCCUGACGCGCUCCCACCCGCUAAGCCGCGCGGGACCGCAUCGCAGCUGCCGCGCUCACCUCAGCCCCAGCCCGAGGUGCUGGAUGGCAUUGCACGCCUCACGGGUGACACGGCGGACGCCAUUCAGCAAUACCUGGACGAAGUGGCGGAUGGCUCCUCAGAGGCCAUGCAUGUGUUGCGCAAGCGGAUGGGCCAGCUGUCGAUGUUGCUGCAGCUGUACCAGUCCUCGCAUGACGCCGAGGAUUACGUUGCAGGCGCAUCAGACGGCGGUGCGGUCAGUAGCAGUGGUACUUCACAGCAGCAGCAGCCACUGAGUGAAGCUGCCAAGCGGGCCGGGAGGAUUGCGGCAGCAGAGAAGGCGCUGCUGGAUUUGGACCGUGCCUGCGCCUUCGCCUCAGAGCUCAGGACGAUGUGUGUGGAGGCGGCGGGGGCACAUGCAGCGCUGUGUGAUGCGCGCUCGGAGCCCAACGCGAUUCAGAUGCAGCUUAUGGGGCAGAAGGCGGCGAACCUUCCCUUGGAUCAGGAGGAGAUCGACAAGCAGCAGCACCGGGUUGCGGACCUGGAAGUGCAGGUACCUCUUGCACGGGACCAGCUCAGCGCAGCCCUGCAGGUAGCGGAGUACCGGCAAGCGGCGGCUCAGCUUGCUGAAGCCCAGCAGAACCUCCAAUACGCUGCGACUGUCGCUUCUGACGCGGGCAAAGGCCUGGACUCGACUCUUGCCGUACGUCGUGAGGUCCUUUCCAUGAUGCGCAACCACAUGGCUUCCGUCCUCGACGAGGCCCGCGUGUUCACGGCGAGCGGUAACUUGCUGCAAGCUGCAGCUGCUGAAGAGGCUGCAGAUCGGCUUGCAAAGGACGCCCUGGCCGCCGAGACAGCCCUGGCUGCCACCAUGCACGAGGCGCAGCUCAAGGCCGACGAGCACGCCACUGCGCAGGCGGCCGCUGAGGAGCUGCAGCAGGUUGCCGAGUCGAGCUCCGAGCUGGUCUCACACCUGCUGCGCAUCAUCGACCUGCAGCAGGAGGCUCGCACGGUGACUCGCAGGGCCAACGAACUUGACGUGGAGCACCAAAGGCUUGAGCAGGAAGCCAAGUCCCGACGUUCCUUGGCUGAGUCUGCCUCCAAGGACGCCGAGCUCCUGCAGCACGAGUCCUUGCAGUGUCGCACGAACCUCAACUUCGCGGCUGCGGACGCCCACUUGUCGGAAGCGCGGCAGUGUCGUGCCAGCGCCCUGCAGCACUCCGCAGCAGCAGCCUCCGCGGAACAGGCCGCAAGUGCCGCCCUGGCUCAGCACAAGACGCUUGUACGGCACGGGGACUACUUGCUGAGGGAGGUGCAGCUGCGGCAUGUAGCGGCGCAGCACCUGCAGGACGCGCUGUCGUGCAUGCGCGACAAGCACCACCUGGUGCGGAGGUUGAGGGAUGCGGAGUACCAGCAGCGGUGCAGCCAGAUGUCGCCGGCGGCGGAUGAGCAGUCGGGAGACAUGGUGCCCGAGCUGGAGGUGCUGCAGACGCAGGUUACCGCCAGCAACACGACUAUCCAGCACCACCUUGCUUCCAAGGCGUCGUAUGUGUCGGCAGCGGACCACCUCCAUCUUGCAACCACAAGCCUUCACCGUGCAGCCGAGUGCUCCUCGCAAGCGGGAGCAGCCAUGCAGGAGCUCGUGAAGGCUCGCAUGUCUGCUGCCGCUGCAGGCACCGCCACAUCUGCCUCGCUCCUGACGGAUGGUCGCAGCACCGGAGCAACAUCUGCGGGCCUGCCUGCAAGCUCGCGGCUGGCGCUGGUGCCUUUCAACGCAGCUCAGGAGGAGGCUGCUGGGCCCCGCCCCCACACCGCCACCACCUCCAGCAUGGCGACCACUGCGCCCAGCUUCCCCGCCAGCUGGCAGCUACACCAGGCGGAGCUGCGCCACCGCUGCCUGCGCGGCAGCAUCCUCGUGCUGCAAGCCAUAGCGGAGGCCGCGAAACGCGCCUGCGAGGCCCGCCGGCGUCAGGUGGAGCUGUCGGACCAGGCCGCCAGCCUGGUGUCGGACCUGGCGGCCAAGAUCCUGGAAGCCGAGGCGAAUGCGGACGAGGCGGCGGGUGUGGAGGCGGCCGUGCGGAGGUCGGGUGUGGCACUGGAUGAGGAUGAUGAGGAGAGCUUGAAAGCCAAGCUCAUGAUCAAUGCGCUGCUACAGCAGGCUGAGGCGUACCGCGGCGAGGCGACGGCGCUGCAAGGCCGCAUCAAGGAACUCGAGCAGGAGGACCGCGCCGCUGAUGCUGAAGCUGCCGAUCUGGAAGCCUCGCUGCGUCGGCUGCAGGCCGACCACCGCCACUCCCUGGAGGCCCUCGACCUCACCGAGCGCAUUGCGCAGUGCCGCGAGCAGGAGGCCGCGCUGCGAGUGCAGGCGCGCGCCCUCAUGUCAGAGGUGGCCACUCUGGAGCACGAGGCGGGCAGCUUGGAGAGCAAGGCGGGGCAGCUGAGGCAGCAGCUCACCAGCGCCAGUCACUCCGCCAGCUCCGAGGACGUUGCCAACCUGAUGCUGGUCAUGCAGCAGAUGGCCGCCAAGGCCGCGGCGCACCGGGCGGCGCAGCAGCAGCGCAGGGCGGAGCUGGAGGGGCUGGAGGCGGAGCGGGGGCGUCUGGCGGGUGACGUGGUGCAGAUGGCGCAGCGGGCAGAGCAUGUGCUGCAGGCUGGCGAGACGCAGGAACAGGUUCGCCAAGCUUCCGCACAUAUCCAACAACUCAAGUCGGAGCUCUCCUCUGCACAAUCGGCGCACGGCGAGUGCGCGCGCAUGCUGGAGGAGCUGCGGCAGCAGUAUGAGGAGCUGGCGGCAGCACCACAGGAGCCGGAUCCCACAACCAGGGCGGCUGCGAUGGGAAGCGGCAGCAGCACCCUGGCUCCCAGCACGGCCGUCCCGACGAGGCAAAAGCAGCAAAUAGCAACCACCCAGGCGGCAAUCACCCUUUCGGAGCAAAUGCUGGAAACCCACAACCAGCGUCUGCAGGUGCUGCAGGCUGCCGUUGCUGGCUGGGAGGCUGCCAAGCAGCGCCUUCACGCCGUUGUUCGCUACCAGGAGCAGGUCAUGCAGCAGGCGGAGUGGCAUGCAACGCUGUCACGGCAGCACUCGGAGCUGCAGGCGGCAGCUGCGGAGCAUGUCGAGAAGGCCAGGCAGCUGCGCUCCGAGGUCGGGAAAGGGGCUACCGCAGCGGGCGGCGGUGCUGACAGAGAGGGCCGCCGCAGUUUGGAAGCUCCUGGUGUGGAAGCAACAAGCGCUGUUCGUUCCCAAGCUGCUGCAAUUAGGACGGCUUCGGAGGCUGCCCGCCAGCAUGCGCUGGCGGAUGCUGAGGACGCACUGGCAGUGCGCGCCGCCGCGCUGGCCACUGAGGUGUCAAACCAGGCGGAUCGCCUGCUGUCAGAGUCCGAGCGCGUGCGUCCCAUGCUCGAGCGACUGCGUCUUGCGGCCAGCGCUGCCGUGUCGGUAGCGCGGUUGCAGCUGGUGUGCGUGGGGAUCUGUGCAAACCAAGGCAACGAGCUGACAACCAUGCAUGAGAAGCUGGGAACGGUGCGCGAUCUUGCCAGUCGGAUCCAGGGCCUAUUGGAAGCGGCGGACAGGCACAUGCGUGCAGGGCAGGGUAUGGAGGCGGCGGCGGCGCGGGGCCAGGCUACAGCAGUGCAGGAGGUCCUGCAGAAGGACCUCAAGGUUGUGCGGUCCUGCAGGCACCGACUGACACAGCUGCAAAGCCGCAUGCAAGAUGCCAAGCAGGAGUUUUCAAUGGCGGAGGGGCGCAUGUCGCAGGUCAUGCGUCCUGCGGCCGUUGGCCAGAGCAUAGCCGAGUACGUCCACCAGGCGUGCGAGCUCCACUUUGAGUGCGCCGACCGUCAGCGGGACAUCCUGCGUCUGCUGCGCCUCGCAGCGGAGGCCAUGGGCAGGGCGGAUGUGGCCCAGCGGGAGUACAGGGCGUCGAAGGAGGCGGCGGAGCAACUUGCCAAGAGCGGCAAGACACAGGACGCCGCGGUGGUGCAGCGCGCCGCAGCCGCACUCGAUCGCUACCUGGCGGACGCCGAGUCGCAGCGGCGCAUCCUGGAGGCGCAGGCGGUGCAGGCGGCUGACGUGUGUACCUCGGCCAUGGCCGCCGCCUCCCUCUACCACGACCUGGCGGGGCUGUCGCUGCGGCUGCUGCAGCACAUGGACGAGCUGGAUCUGCACCGCGAGGAGCACUCGCAGCUGCAGGGGGAGCUGGAGACGGUGGGGCGCAGCUUGGAGGCGGCACGGGCGCUGCUGCAGCAGCGGCGGGGCGAGAUGGAGGCGCUGAGCAGUCAGCUGGAGGCGCACAGGAAGGAUGCCCAUGCGCUGCGGCGGGUUGGAAACGACGCCCAAGCCCACGUGCGGGAGGAGGCUGCAGACCUGCUGACGACGCAGCUUGCUGAGAUAGCAGACGGCGUGGUCAACAUCGAGCAACGGUGCGCGGCGCUGGAAAAGCAGCAGUCGCUCAUGUCGAGCUUACACGCCAAGUCCGAGGCGCGUGUGGGCCUGCUCAGCCAGCUAGCCCGGCUCUGCAGUGCCGGUGUGGGUCACCUGCUCGACGCACGGGACGCACACCUUAACCACUCCACAUGCAUGCGUAACGCCGCGCUCUCAUCCGUGGAGGUGAUCGACAACGAGACGGCGCUGGCCAAGACUGAGGCCAGGGUGAGGGAGCUGCAGGAGUCCUCAAUGCGGCUGCAACGAGAGCAGCACGAGCUGUUCGGAUUCCCCGGCAGCGACCUUGACAUCGACAUGGCGGGCGGCGAGCACACAGAGGACCCUGAGGCGGCCCUGCGGGCGGCCAACCUGGCGCGAGCUGAGUUGCUGAUGUCACAACGUCAGAGGGCGCAGCUGGAGCAGCAGCUGCUGGCGUCGCGCGGCCGAGCAGCGCAGGCGGAGCUGGCUGCACAGUCAAGCCAACUGCGCAUUACCAAGGCUCGGCAAAGGGCAGAGGACGCGCAGCGGUUGGCGGAGUGCAUCGUCUCGAUGCUUGAAGGCUCCCGAGCGCAGGUCAUCGACUUCGGCUCGUUGCGUACUCUUGGUUGGAAUGAUGGCGGUUCAGCUGCUGCUGGCAACAACAUGCAGCUAUCUACGGGUGCCAUGCUGCCAUCACCCGCAGCCACCGGCAGCAUCACCACUAACAAUCUCAGCCCCGGAAUCCUGGCCGCAGCGCAGUUGCACUCCGUGACGCUGCAAACCAUGACAGAAGCGGCCCUCAAGUUCACGCAAGCUCUAGACUGCGCCGCGACUGCUGAGAACUCCCGCAGCAGCGCGCUGGCAUCCGAGAAGGCGGCGCAGGCUGCUUUCGAAGCUGCACAGCGGCAGCAAGCGGUCGUUGGGGAUCUGCGGGAGGCGGCGGAGGGCGCUAAUGUGGCGCAGGAGGUGCAGCGCAUGCAGAACAUUAGCCACGGCGACAAGGACGCUGCAGCUGGCAGGCCGGGUGCAGCCGGCAGUGGGGGGUUGCGGGGGCCGGGGAGCUCGUGGCUGACGUCUUUUGGCGCGGCGGCCGCCCGGGAGGCGCAGGAUGCGCUGGCUGCCGCUGAGCUGGAGCUAGAGCGGCUGCAGCACGAGGCGGCCUACCUGGAGGCAACCGCUGCACAGGAACAUAAGCUGGUUUCGUGUCUCGAGCAGCAGCAUGCCCUGCUGCGCCGCUCCAGCGACUGCCUGCUGGACAUGGCGCGCUUCGGCAUCGCCGCGGAGCUCAAGGCCAGUCCGGGCAUGCGCGCCAGCGAAGCAGCCGCCGUGUUCGCGGCCUGCCAGCGGCUGUCGCAGCAGCAUGCAGCUGCCAUGCUGCUCACAGCUCCACUGGACUGCUGCAAGGAGGCCGAGGCGUGCUUGCGAGCCAGCUUGGAACGUGUGCGAGAGGCACGGAGCAGUCGCGAGCAGGCACUUUCACGGCGGCUGUCGGCGUUGGGUGCUGCGGCCGGCCGGGGUGAGGGCACCACCACCGCGGCGGCGGCUAGCUCGUGCAAGUCCAGCACGGAUGAUGGGAGCCAGCGGGGAUCUCUGCACCCCUUUGCCACGGCUGAAGAGGCGGCGGCUGCGGAGGUGGCUGCCCUGCUGUCAGAGCAUGACCAGCUGCUGGCGGAGGAGGAGCGGCUGCUGCAGCAGGUGCAGCAGCUGGACGACUCGGCGUCCGAGCUGCUGGGAGAGGGCGCGGCGCAGGUACAUGCGUUCAGCGCGCAGUGGGAGGAGGCCAGCCGGCCUGCAGCUGAGAGCCCGGAGCGGCUUGAACGUCCUGCGCUGGUGUCGACGGCGGCUGCACCGCCGCGCAUGGAGGUGGCGGCGGCUGUGGAGCCGGCUAAAGGAAGCAGCACGCCCACGGUGUCGUCGUUGCGAGGGGCGGUCUCGGUGUUGCCGGUACGGCCAGGUGGCGGGAGCCGUGAUGGCAGCAGCGGCUCUCGUUCGGCCAUCAAUGCGCCGCAGGCUGCGACGUUGAGUCUGCAGCCAUCUGUGCACCAACCAGUUGCGCUGUCUCACGAUGGUAGUCGAGACGUGGUUGCAUCCAUCAGUUCACAGCUUGAGAGGCUUCCCAGCCUGCCGUCAGUGGUGGACCGGUCCUCGCAGCAGUCUCCAAGCGGCCAUCGGCGGGAGGCCUCCCGGGGUCCGGGACAGAGUCCGGCCCGUUCUGAGCCGCGUGCCAGGCCGUCAGGCGGUGCUACAGAUGAGAUUGACCCGGACCUGGUGGCGAUGGCGGCGGCGGCUGUGGCUCGAGCCAAAGAGGCGGCAGCAGCGCUGGCAACCCGAGGCCAAGCGGGCAGUGCAGAUGGGCAGAGGGCGUAUGAAGCGCCGUCAAUGGCCGUCAAUGCGUUGCCGACAAUGGGCGGGAAUGCGCGCCACGAGUCGGGGCUGUCAGCCUUCAUGCAUCCAUCGAGCUUGGAUGGCUCCUUUAGCCUGCCAAGCAGCAUCCCGAGUGUCGCCACGUCAAGCCACCCUGGUAACUACGGCCCCGGUUCGUCGGUAGUUGCGCACGGAAUGGAAUCGGCAACGGACAUGGGAGCGCCACACGGCCUGCUUAAGCGCUCGAGCAAUGGCUCUUUCGGCACUGACGCGGAUGGAUCCGGGAGGUCCCGGCCAGCUGGGCCGCGCCAAGUGCCGCAGCAGCCCCAUGCAGGCGAGCGCGGCCAGCAGUGGCCCCUUCGUGAGCUGCCCUCCUGCACCACCGACACCUCCAAUACGCUGCUGUCACUUCCCAGCAGCAGCCUCACCGAUGCCAUGCCCUCUGGUCCGCCAAGGUCCUCAUACCCCGAUUGGUCCCUUGCAGCCCGACACGGCCGCCCCAUGCAUGAUGCCAGCAGGCCCCCAUCCGACACAGCCUCGAGCCUUCUGGGCUCCGCGGCGGGCCUUUCGCGGCUGCAGGAAAGCGCCGCGGCGGCUGCAGCGCGGCAGGUGCCGCCAACCGCGACAGCGGCCCCCGCCACCGCAGCUCUCCCGCGUGAGGCGCCGGCCCUGCCACGACUGUCCCUACCAGACGACCUGGACCCCGUCACUGCAUCCGGCUUGAUGCACCUGUGGUCCACUGCUGCGCUGCACUACGGCCGCGCACAGCACAUCCACGACGGCUCCGCACAGCUGUUGGAGCAGCAGUGGGAGCGCUGCCAGCUGCAGCUGCAGCUGUUGCAGGCGGAGGAGGUGAAGGCGCGCACAGGCGGGCGCGCCGCAGAGGCAGACGCAGCAGCAGCCACAGCAGCCAAGUGGCGCCAGCGGGCGAGCCGCCUGCAGACUGCCCUGCAACGCCAGGUCGCGGAGGCAUCCCGCUAUAAGGCCCUGCUCCGGCGUGCCACUGCCAUGGGCGAGCGGCUGCAGCUGCUGGCGGCGGCAACCGCUACAGGCAGCGGUCGGGCUCGGCUGGGCGGUGGGUCGGUUACUGCCAGGGUUGCUGCGGAGAUGAGCGGCCUGAUGAGGCACCUGGUGCCGCGGCUGCCGGGUUCGGCGUUGGCUGGUUGCGGAGCGCUGCAGGCGCUGGAGCGGCUGCAUGGGGAGCUGGUGCAGCACGUGGCGGCGCUGAAUGCGGUGGCGGCGGGGCUGCAGGCGCAGAGCCAGCGGCUGUUCGCCAAGGCAUCAGGGCGCAGCGGCAAGCUAAGGGCGCACCACGGGGCUUCUGAAGAUGCUGCCUCCUACGCGACCGCCAUGGCCAAGUCGCAGUCCCUAGCGGAGCAGGCGGCCUCCUACGGCGAGCGUGCAGUGGAGCUGGCGGGUCAGGCCCAGUCGGUGCAGCAGCUGGCUGAGCGGCUGUCAGCGGAGACCGGCCAGUGCGCGCAGGCCAGCGAGCGCCUGCAGAGGGCUGCGGAGCAGGAGCUGGCGGCGCAGCAGGCGUUGGUGCAGGCCGUGGAGCUGCUGCUGUGCGAAGCCAUGCGAGCCGUCAUGCUCGGGGAUGAGGGUGCCGCCUCAGCGCUUGACCAGGACAGCGUCGGCAGGGGGGAUGGAGCCGGAUCCGGGCUCACCGGGGAUCUCGACAGCCUGCUGAGGGCGGGCCACCCGCCCGGGGUUUGCUUGGCGGCGGCACGUGGCCAUGCGCGGCGUGGCGAGGACCUCUCCCAGGAGGCGGCUAGGGUGGUGCAGGGCGCCAAGGAGCAGCUGGAGGCGCGACUGGGGACGUUUGCGCGGUGCAUGGAGGAGGCUGCGGCGGCGCUGUCGGCACAGGCGUCUCAGCGGUCACGACAGCAGGAGUCGCUGGCAGUGCAGGGAGACGCAGCCGCGCUGUGCGUCGCGCGGGCUCGCUCCAAGGCGGCUACCAGGCAAGCUGCGGGUGAUGCGGCGUCUGCUGAGAAGUACGGGCGAGCUGUGGAGGGCUGGGUGAAGCAGACUGAGAAGCUGCGGCGAGAGGCGUCUGUGGCCGCUUCCGACGUGGAGGAGCUCAGCAUGCGGUCUCAGGCGCUGGCGGGCCUGGCUUCCCGGCUGCGGCCGCUGCAGGCGUCGCUGGACAGGUACCUGGAUGAACAGCUGGAGGCGUGGGCGUCUGCUGCGCUGUCUAGGGUCCACCAGCGGGGGGUGUAAUGGGGCUGGGAUACGAUAGGGGCCAGGAAGCCCGGGGCUUGGACAGAGACCUGAGUGUUGGCGACGUGCCGGUUCCACCAGCGAACCACGUUUGUGUGAUCUUACCGAUGCCGUCCCUAUGGUUGGCGGCCCUUGUGUCGUACGUUUGUUUGUUUUGCUCUGGAAAGGCUUGGCUAGGUGGGAUUGGCGUCCGUUUAUACACGUACCGUUACUUGUACAUAAGCUUGUGGAUAGCCCCAGUGACGUUUGUCUGUGUCUAGUACUUACAACGGACCCGUGAUUCCGUACAUCCCACUACCAAUUCUUCUCAGCCGAUAUAAUGCAUGAGGCCCACGUUGCCACAACCCAGUUUGCCGCGUGCAAGUACCUAGCAACUCUUGAACGAUUGGGUAUUGCCCGUAUUGGUGACUCCACUAUUCUUCUCUCGCACUGGACGCAACGUUAAUGUGGUUUUGUCCCUAACGACGUCAACUGACUCAUGCGUUACCUUGAUGCCCUUGCUGUACAAGCUCGGAUUGGGAGAGGUCUCGUAGGACAGCUACCUCGUGUGCACACGGCUGAGACAUGAUUGUCCUUGUAAACACCGUCGUCCCCCUGCCUCACAGCACGCAUGUAUUCAGGCCAUACGGUAGGUGAG